UAGUGCUGGACUAAAUGGGAGUGAAUGUCCUCCAUCCACAGGUAGGACUGUUUCGGCACAAGAGCCAUGAGUCCCCUUCUGUUUGACUGCAGCUUGGUCUCAGGCACUGAUGGCCUUUCUGUCUGCGCUUUAUUUUGUGACUCUAGUUCCUUCCUGCACUGAGCCUAGAACUUUAGCUGAAAUCACUCUCCUGUUUUUUCUCACUCUCCUGGUUCUUGUGCUGUUUCUUUUCUGCUGACAAGAGGAACAUUGUCCUUCCUAGUCUGUGUCUGAAGGAAUUUUACUGGGGCAGAAGGGGAAAUAGUGUGCCCCCGAGAAUUUCUUACGCCACCACCCAGCCUUCCCUUAUGGACCUGCCCCCAGGACCUCAUGCACAGUUUCCACCUGAGUGGUGGUGCUGCUCCAUGCAGAGAAGAGGAUUAGAAGUGAGCACAGCAGGCUGGAGUGCUAGAUGUGAUUACAAGCUCUACUUGCUCUGCUUGUGUAUAAAUAGUGCUUUUCCCUUUUGUGUGCCUUGUUCACUCCAGGUGGGAAUCAGAAAGCCAAGCUGGGUUUUUCCUCCUAACACGUUGCCACGUUUUUUAGAUCCUGAGGGCAAAAUCAUACAUUCAAUGGAAGAGAUAAAAAUCACUCAGGCUAUGCCUUUGGCUGCUCUCCAGCUGCAAAAGAUUGAGAGGGUAGAUGAAGGGGGAUUUUGUCUGUAUUCAGCAGGGCUGCAAGACUCACUGGAGCAUUGGGGGCCUUUUCCUGCCAGCUGGAAAGUGAGAAGCAGCACUGUGAGCCCAUGUUAUGACUAUGCUUUGCCUGCUCUUUUGCUGCCUGUGAGGGGCAGGUUUUACUGUUGAAGGCCCUACUGGCACCUCUGGCAUUCUCUUUUGGACUCAUCUUGCACGUGCUGCUGCUACUUACAGAAGGACCUAGAUGCUGCAAGAAUAUGUCAGGACUUCACAUCCAUCCUGAGCUGGACCUUGGUAAAUGGAUGCUGGUUAUGCUGGUUGCAUGAAGGCCUCCUGGUGAUCCUGCUGUAUUAAAUAAUUGCUACUAGCUGCCAAACCUAGGAGUUUCUGCUACAUCCUUCUCUCUUGCCUGCUCCACUGAACCAAGGAACAGCUACAGCUUGGCUCCCCUGGGGACUCUAUUCCCUGCCUGGUGCAGGUAUUGCUUUGGAGUGACAAAGAUGGAUGUGAACUGCAAGAACGACAAAACCAUCUGUGAAGAGCUCUGUCCUUGCUGGGUUUGGUGGAUAUCUGCCAGCAGCCUGUCCAUAGAAAGAGUUUCCAGUUUGCAUUAAAUGAUCCCUGUGAGCACGAGCGUACUGCUCUGAGAAUAGCUGUCCUUAGCCAGGUCACAGCAGUAAGCUGCUGCAGAAAGGUGCAGAUGCAUUUUCAGCUGACCUAGAUCCACAGAGAAGGAGCCUUACACCCUCCUGCUUGUGUUCAUCCUCCGAUAGCAAUGGAACUGAAGCAGGUGCCCCCAAGGUACCUGGAAAGCUGGCUUGCCUCAGUUCUGGCCAGGUGGUUUUGCAGUCUCAUGCAGAAGGUUGGGGUGUAAGUGUUUGUACAUAAGAUGUUGGGCAGAGAAAACUGCCAAGGACCUCAGCACUCUACUCUCCUCUGGGUUGCCAGGAUGGUGUUUUAGGUUCAAGACCCUGAGCAGCAGGGUCAUCCUAAGCACAAACCUUCUCAAGAGACUGUCUCUUGCUGGAAAACAGAGUCAACAGCAAAUAACAGUUCUGUUGACAGUGACAAAAUUUAUCAAGCAGUUUAUUGCUUUUCAAGGCUGAAAAGGCCAUUACAGUAUCCAGUAUCAGCUAUGUUAUGGAGCAGUCCUCCUUGUUCUCCUUAACACUGCCUUGGUCUUUAUAGUACUGCCAGGGCCUGACUGCAGGGAGAGCUGCAGUAAUAGGGAAGGGCUAUUAUUCCCAGCAGGGAUGGGAAGAAGCUGCCUGUGUUCUUUGGGCUUGGUUUUCACUUAGGAGAUGUUAUGAAGAAGAUUUCACAACAAAAAUAACUCCACCCAAGCAUAGUGUCUGUUUUAUCCAUUUCGUUUUUGCCCAGAUCUUCUCAUUAGCUGCUGUUUUCUAUGCGAUUGGUUUUCACAGGGAGUGGUGUGCCUUGGCUGGUGCUUUAUGAUCCUCCUGCAGAGCUGCUUCUCCUUCCCAGGCUUGUUGGUGGGACCCAUUCCUCCUGCAGGGCUGCUGCUCCCUCCAGGCUUGCCAGUGGGACCUGUGCAGUGGGACGUGGGGGUCCUUGCGCCUAUGGAUAGGAGGCUGCAGAGAUGGAUGGCUGCUGUGCUGAAGCAGGAGGGACAGGCCUCUGUGCUCCUGGCUCUGCUCUUACAGGAAGAGAAAGUUCUCCCUUGAGAAGCCCUUUGUAAAAUGGAGCUUCAGGGACAGCAGUGUGCGAGGAGGGGUGCCGGGUUCUGCGGUGGCAUCCCAGGAUCCUGUGUAUGGGUAGGACAGGGCAGUGCUCUCUUCUGCCUUUUGGGCACUGAGUGUUGGGGCUCAGGAUGGCCAGUAAGAUGAUCAGAGGGCUGGAACACCUCACCUAUGAAAAAGGUUGAGGGAACUGGGCUUGUUUAGCUUGAAGAAGUGAAGGCUCUGGGGAGACCUCAUUGUGACCUUCCAGUACUUGAAGGGAGCGUAUGAACAGGAGGAGGAAUGGCUGUUUGCAAGGGUGGAUAGCGAUAGGACAAGGGGGAAUGGUCUUAAACUGAGACAGGGGAGGUUUAGGUUAGAUAUUAGGAAGUUUUUCACACAGAGGGUGGUGAUGCACUGGAACAGGUUGCCCAAGGAGGUUGUGGGUGCCUCAUCCCUGGGGGUAUUCAAGCGCAGGCUGAAAGUGGCUCUGGGCAGCCUGGUCUGGUGGCUGGCGACCCUGCACAUAGCAGGGGUUUGAAAUUAGAUGAUCAUUGUGGUCCUUAUCACUCCAGGCCAUUCUAUGAUUUCUGUAGGUCUCAGCUCCUCUCCCAGGGUUACAGCCAACACAGAGCUCUGUCUCCGUGAUGCAUCUGGGUAGGAUUUGAUUUGUUUUUGUACAAAUUAAAAGAGUAGGACCCACAAGGGAGCAUCCUUUGACCCUGUUUUUACGACGGGCCAGCUGCUCCCGCAGGUGCGUUCAGAAGGAUGAAAUCUGCUCGCUCCCACGCAGGAAAUCUGCAGUCGCACCAAGCUCGCGGGCUUGCCAGAGCUUGGAGUAAACAGCAAGGCGUGGAGCGCAGCCCAGGGCCCAGCUCCAUCAUCUCCAUGGCUUCGGGGAAAACAGGGCAGGGAGAGCUGGGCGCCGUCCCCGCCUCCCGCAUCCGUGGCCCGGCGCCGAUCUGAGGGGUCCCGGGGCGGAGCGCGACCCGGCCGGGGGCGCCGAAGCGGCAGCGGAGACACCGGUCUCCGUGGCGACGCGGCAGAUCACGCGAGAUCGCUUCGCGCGAUCCCGCGCACGCGUACCCGCAAAUGCAACGCGCCUGCCCGCGGAGGCUCGGCCGUUCCCAUUGGCCGGGCGCUACCGAGGGUCACGGCGCCGCGGCUGGUGAUUGGCUGCUCAGCGCGCAGGCGUGGCUCGGCAUGGCGGCACCGGUGCGGAGGAGCGUGGUGUUCGUGACGGGCAACGCUAAGAAGCUGGAGGAGGUCACUCAGAUCCUCGGGGACUCCUCUCCGUACACGUUGGUGGCGAAGAAAAUUGACCUGCCCGAGUACCAGGGGGAGCCGGACGAGAUCUCCGUGCAGAAGUGCCGUGAGGCCGCCCGGCAGAUUCGGGGGCCUGUUAUAAUAGAGGACACCUGCUUGUGCUUCAAUGCCCUGGGGGGACUUCCAGGACCAUACAUAAAAUGGUUCCUGGAAAAGCUCAAGCCAGAAGGCCUGUACAAGCUGCUGGCUGGAUUUGAGGACAAAUCUGCCUAUGCUCUUUGCACCUUUGCAUUCAGUACUGGAAACCCAGAGGAGCCUGUGAAGCUGUUCAAAGGCCAGACACAUGGGGUAAUUGUUGAGCCCAGAGGUCCUCGAGAUUUUGGCUGGGAUCCCUGCUUUCAGCCUGAUGGCUAUGACCAGACCUACGCUGAGCUGCCCAAGGCUGUAAAGAACUCAAUCUCACACCGGUACCGUGCACUGAGUGAGCUCUCUGCCUUCUUCCUUCAGAGCAACCCAACAGAGGCCCCCUCCAAUCCCAGCUAGCAUCUCCAUGCCCGCAGACACUGGAUGCUGUACUUUUCAUAAACAUCCCUGCAAGGUCUCAGUUCGGUCACAUGCUUAUAUUAAAGUUGUUCACGGUGAAGCCAUGAA